AUGAAGAGCAAUUUCUUCACGAAAAGAGCGGAAAGCCCAACUGCUUCUGGAAUUCAAUUUCCAUGGAAGCUUCACAACAUGCUCGACAAUGCGGAAACGGAAGGGUACAACGCUGUUGUAUCGUGGGAUGGAAAGAACGGCUUCAAAGUACAUGACAAGGACGCUUUCGUUGCGGAUAUUGUUCCAAAGUACUUCAGUCAAACAAAAUACCGUUCCUUUCAACGAAUGCUAAACAUGUGGGGAUUUCAACGAGUCCGUGAAGGUGCACGAAAAGGAGCCUACAUUCACGAAAACUUUCGAAGAGGUGAACCAGAUCUUUGCAACCGAAUGAAGUGUGAAAAGAUCAAGCGAAGACACACCAUCCCCAAGACGACCAGCAUGAAUAAGAACAUCGACAUGAACACGCUACAAGGGAGCACACCCAAGAAUAAGGCCGAUGUGGACCUAUUCGAAGGAAUGACCUUCCACGCUGUCGAAGGUGUACAAGAAGCUAACCUACAAGACUUGAGAAAGAUUCCAGAUCCUUCAUCACGGAAGUUCUCGUCUAUGGACUACCUUUUCUUGGACGAAAUGCUGAAUGUCUUCGACUCGGGAGACGAGGCCCCAGUAUUUUGA